AUACACGAAGAUGGUGGAACGAAGCAAACGUAAUCGAGAAUCGUUCAUGAAAAAAAUAGUAGCAAACUAAAAAGCUAGCCAUUAAACGAAGAGUGACAUAUCAUUGUGCUGCCUUUAAGCUUACGGUAUCUGUUCAACAUCGAAGACCAUGAAUAUAUUGCCAAAGAAAAGCUGGCACGUUCGCACAAAGAGGAACAUCGAACGAGUUCGAAGGGAUGAAGCGCUUGCAGCUGAAGAGGAGAAAGAACAGCAGAGACGUGUUCAGCUCGCAGAAUCGGAAGCACGUAUUAACCUACUCCGCGAACAGGCAAAGCUUCGCAGUGGUGGACAGGGUCAUUCAGCAGUAGACGGUGCCAAGCGCGAGUCUCUGUCACAGGAAGAUGAAGAUGAGCGGAAGCAGAAAGAACAUGUGAAUUUUUUCGAUGAUGUCGAAAGCGCACAAAGAAGCUUGCAUGGCAAAAAUGCUGACCAUGAGAGAGAGAAAAAGGAGGAACAGGAAACGUAUGAAAAGAAGAUUGGCCUACUGACAUACCUUGGACAAGGCUCCUCAGAGGCUUCAGGGAGCUCAUCAUGGUAUUCCGAGUCCCACGAGAAACGCAUGGAGUUGUUCUAUGAUGCACAAAGGUCAACUAAAGACACGAAACUGAAAGACAGUAUGGACCCACUAAAGGUGUUCAAACGCUUUGUAGAUGCAAAACAUGGGCUGCAGGAGAAUAGCAAGAAAAUUAAACAGUUUAAGGAGCUGAUGGCAAAGCCAGUUACGGAGCAUGUUGAACAUCGAAAGCACAAGCACAAGAAGCACAAGAAGGAGGCAAAGAGGCUUCAGAAGUCACUGGAACAGUUGAGAUCUGAACGACUGCGCAGAGAACAAGCGGAAAAGGCUAGGGCAGAAGAGCUGCUGAGGAGGGUACGCAACGAAAAAGACGCGAAGCAAGCACCAGAGGUAAUCGUGGAUGAGCGGCUACGAGGAUACAACUCGCAGUAUAACCCACACCUCGCUAAAAAGUAGAGGUGUUUAGAGAAGCACCUAAUGGACUGGAAGAAGCUGUAAAAAGAGCAUAUUUGUACAUACUGUUUGUUUAUAAAACGUAUACUACGUGAAAUAAAAGACAAGAACAACUGCA